GAGCUUUUUGAUCGAUCCCACAAAGUGUAGCCUCUCUCUAUUCUCCAUCCAUGGUGGCUGUGCCUUUUUAGUUCAUGCAGCUUCUUCAACCUCUCGAAAACGACCGAUGGACUACUCUGCAGGAAACUGGAAUUGGCUCUUCGAUUACUCUACAAUGGAUGAUCUCGCCGUCGCCGCUGCCGCUGCCGCUGCCGGCAACUUCUCCCCUCCACAGUCGGUUGGUUUCAGCUGGUCCAAUCCCUCCAUCAACUUUUCAUCUAAAGACAGCUUGGAGGUAGACUGCUCAUAUGGAGAUCAGGACGGCUUACAGGAAGUGGGUCGAAAACGGCCAAAGACUGAAACAGGUGCUGCUGCAUCUUCCUCCAAAGCUUGCAGAGAGAAAUUGAGAAGAGAUAAGCUGAAUGAGAGUUUCUUGGAAUUGGCUGCUGUCCUUGAACCUGGAAAACCACCCAAAACAGACAAGGUUGCAAUCUUGAGCGAUGCCAUCAGGAUGGUGACUGAUUUACAAAGUGAAACCCAGAAGCUGAAACAAUCUAAGGAGGAUUUGAAGGCAAAAAUCAAAGAAUUAAAGGUUGAGAAAAAUGAGCUUCGUGAUGAGAAGCAAAGGUUGAGAGCAGAGAAAGAAAAGUUGGAGCUGCAAAUCAAAGGGGUAAAUACUCGAGCAGCUGACAUCCACCGUCGUCCUCCUACACUGUCACCUGCAUUCACAGCACAAGGCCAAGCUGCUGGUAACAAGCUGAUGCCUUUCAUUGGUUAUCCUGGCAUUGCCAUGUGGCAAUUCCUGCCACCUGCAGCCGUCGACAUAUCUCAGGAUCAUGUGCUCCGCCCACCUGUUGCUUAAAAGUGAGCACAAAUGAUUUGGUUCGUUUAUCUGUGCUGUUCUUAUUAACAAUUUCCUUAUAUGUUUGUGUUUCUUUUCAACCAUGUGUUUGGUUUUAAACUGUUGAAGAAGCUUCUGAUGGUGUAAAAACUUUGUUUCAAAAUUAGCGAUGUUGUUGCUAACUCUAUAUAGAAUAAAAUCAAGUAUUUUGCUGAA